AUGGCGGAGCGCGGCCCGGCCUUCUGCGGCCUCUACGACACGUCCUCCCUGCUUCAAUACUGCAACGGGGCCGCAGAAACUCUGUCCUUGCAGCAGGCUCGUGUGUCGAGCCCCUUGCUCCUGGGUGGCCCCCCGCAACGAGCGCUCCCUUGCCUUCCAGAUGACAAUUUGUCGGGCACGAGCGGGAUGGAGGUGGACGACCGCGUGUCGGCGCUGGAGCAGCGGCUGCAGCUGCAGGAAGACGAGCUGGCGGUCCUAAAGGCCGCGCUGGCUGACGCGCUGCGUCGCCUGCGGGCAUGCGAGGAGCAAGGCGCUGCUCUGCGCGCGCGGGGCACCCCCAAGGGCCGGGCGCCUCCGCGCCUAGGCACCACAGCCUCGGUGUGUCAGCUCUUGAAAGGCCUUCCCACCAGGACGCCCCUCAAUGGCUCGGGACCCCCGCGGCGCGUGGGCGGCUAUGCCACGUCCCCAUCCUCCCCCAAAAAGGAGGCGACCACCGGGCGCAGUGCCCGCCGCUACUUGUCACCAGAGCGCCUCGCCUCAGUGCGCCGCGAGGACCCACGCAGCCGCACCACAUCCUCUAGCAGCAAUUGUAGCGCCAAAAAGGAAGGGUAGGUAUCCGAAGCGGGGUCGUGCCACAACGGGUGGGGCCAGGACCCCAGUUAGACUUGGAAAAGGAUGGGGAAUUUAGGGUGAUGCCCCAGGCCACGAGGUGAUAACCUAAAGCGCGGUCAUCU